CAACCCAUCCGACGAGCAUGUUGGUCCAGGUUGACUACACACUGGGCCCUCCGGUAACCAGAUCAACUGAGCCGGCACUUUCACUCACUUGCAUCGCUGCGUCUGCGCGUCUAGUCGCGUCGGCCCACAGGCACGCGGUCCACCUGGUCCACCCUCACAGGAGUAAAACGGCGAUCGGUAAAGAAGCGCGCCUAGGUCCAUGCCCGGUGACGCAUACCUUGCUCGCGUAGUAUUCCUUGACAAUCCGUUGGGCACAAGGCAGAUGCACAUUUACUAUCAUUCGAAUCGACCGACGAGGACCCGCUCUUGAUGGGGUAUUCUAUUGAACUGUGGACUAGGCGCCACCAGAGCCAAGCCUUAUCUUAUUUUGACCGGAUCUCUGCUCUGGCCCGCGAGUAUCUAUCCGUAUCUCACAGUCACUGCCAACACGCCCGGUGGUUUGAGGCUCUUCAAAGGCCCUGCAGGCAAGUGCCACCUUCCGUACUUCAGUGACUACUGAUAAAGCCGAAUCGUUCGUUCAAAAAACUCAAACACAAGCACGCACACCGUGCACACAUUCAUUGACAUGCAUGCAGCAUUGCACAAUUCCUCCCUCCAGCCCUGCAGGGGUGCACCUGCAAAUAAGAAUAUGAUUAUUGACUAUGCCAAAUGUAGGGAGACUUUUCUCGAAAUUUUUAAAAUAUAAAACAUGUUGCGGCAAACUUGCUGGACUCUGAUUUAUCUGUUGUCAAGUCAAAUAGAUUGAUAAAACAUAACCUAAGUCAAGUGAGGAGAAAAUUGAAGUAGUUUGGACAGAUUGACAUUGUUUCUACACCACAGCGUCUUAAAAUGUCUGGGUCAAUGCGCCUCCUGGACGAGCGCCAUGUAGCGCUAAAAAUUGAGCUCAUGCUUUGGUCUAACAAAAUGGAUCUGCUGGCAUUGUCAAAUACAAAGGGAGAGGUAGCGUUGCAUCGCUUAUCCUGGCAAAGAGUAUGGUCACUUUCUCCUCCACAGGAGGGGGCAUCAGUGAGAGCCAUGGCCUGGAGACCAGAUGGCAAAGUCAUAGCUAUUGCAUACAGCACAAGGGAAGUUCUUCUCAUUGAUGUUGAGAACAAGGAAACAUUACAUACCUCUCACAUGCAAUCAGAUAUAAUUUCACUCACAUGGGUGCAAGAACAGGAAGCAAAGAGUGAUAACAAAGGAAAUCCAGCCCAGGACAACAGCAGAAUGCCAAGUGUUGAGAAUGCAAGCAAAUUCCUUCCCAAGCUACCUCCUUUAUCAAGAAGUUUUGGGGUCAAUAAAAUCAAUAAUGAAGAAAACUUAGAAGACACUAAACGUAUUCGUGAUCAGGCAAAUUUAAACAUACUACUGGUUGGCCAAGAGGGUAGCAAACUUAGUCUUAGCAUUUUUGGCCUCUUCCCUUGUGGAGUAAUCGACCUACAACCAUAUAUGAAAGAAGCAGGUUGUGUUUCAUGUGGGUCUGUAGUAGAUGCUGCAGUAUCGGAUGAUCUCAAAACUAUGUGUGUAUUUGUUGAGGAAGAGAAGAAACUUGAGAGUACAUCAACAAACAAUGGUAGAAAAAUAUGGGCUGUGAUAUUAGAGACGCCAUUGUUAGCUUCUCAUUCUAAAGAGUUGUACACCUUGGCUUUGAAGCAAGGCCAUAUAAGUAGUUUGCAAGGUUACCUUUCUAGUACCAUGCAAGCCAUCACUGAAGCAUGGGAAAGUAUUCUGCUAGAGAUGGAUUCAAAAUUAGCAUCUUAUGCAUCAACUGUAGCAGAUGGUUCAGUGGCAGCUGACUUUUUAGAUUUGUUGAUGUUGGGAGUACCAUCAGCAGAACUUGAACUUUUCCUGCAAAGAGAUCUAACCGAAAAGGGUCUGAAAAAACUUAGUCAUUCAAUAGAAUUAAGUUACACAAACAUUCAAAAAUUUGUACAGAAACACGUCCACUGUGUGGGGACAAGUGUUUCUUUCCAUCUAACUGAGCUGCGGGGUAUGGCCAGACAUCUAGAGCGUUAUGCUCCACUUGGAUUGAGUGAGGAAACUGUUGCAGCUUCCCUCUCUGCUGCAGGUGCAUUUCUAGUGAAAGCAACCGAAGUUCAACAAGUCAUAGACAAUUCUAUGAAAAAAAAUAAGGCAUUCUUCCGCUGGUUGUUUUUGGCAAUGCUCCGUUUGACAGAUGAGCUAGCUCCAGCUGACAUUACUAAGCAAACACAACAAGAUCUUACUUUUAUUGCUGAGUUCUUGUGUAAUUUUGAUGGAUCUACUGAUACAAAUAGCACAGUUGCGAUAGAUCAGACUGUUGAGCAAGGAAAUCAAACAAAUACUAAAUCUGCAAUUAGACCCGGAACGUGUACACCUGGGAAAAAAUCUCGCUUCAAUUUAGAACGUCUUGGUCAGUACCUUAUUGAUCAGGAGCUUUCAUUUCCUCCAGAAGCAGACAAAAAUCCAUGGAGCAAGCUCUUAGCUGACAACCCAACUUUGAGUCAAGAUCCUCUGAUAAUACCACAUUUUAGAAAAAUGUCAUUGGUCCAACAACAUAACCAUCUUGGUUCUGCAAUUGAUGCUGUCUUUAAGGAACCAGCAGAGAGUAUAGGGCAGACAUUUAAACUCCAGCGUGUUGUAAGGUUACCUGAUACGGCUGUUACAAAUCCAUUGUACUUUGGAUCUGAUGGUAGCAAAGAUUCUAAUAAGAUAUUCCGAAUCACCAUUGUUUACACUGGAACUGACAAGAGGGUUGUAGUAGCCUAUCCAAAAAAUGAGACCUCUCUCAACAUAAUUGAUAUACCAACACAUAUCCCAAGAUCUGAAGCAAUGAUACCUAUUCAGCAAACGUGUCUAUCUUUUAUCAGCCCUAUUUCAGAUGUUGUUGAUACAUCCUUAGAUAAACUGUCUAGCCCACUAUUCAAAAUUAAUGACAUGCAGUUUUAUGUGGCGGACAUUCUUUCUCUUUUCUUGGAAAAGAGAGGAGAUGAUAGAAGUGCAGUUUUCAUUCAGUUUCCGUUGAGACUUGCAUCUUGUAUUUCGGUCACAGUUCAAGGCAAUCCUAGUACAUUUCAUGACCUUUCCCCAGGGGAUGGGACAAAUCUUUUAGAUUCAAGUGCUCUACGCACCAUUGAUAAUUUUGUUGGAUCUAGUUUAGCUGUUAGUGGAAGUAGAAAAGUUGCAGUGGUGCUCUCUGAGAAUCGUUGUAAAGUUCGCCUGUUUGAAAUGGAAAUUGAAGAAGAUGAGGAAGAGGAUGAAACCAUGGACGCUACUCACAGCACCAUAAGAGAUAGUGACCAAAGUCACUUGCUUGAUCAAAGUAAAAGCUCUGAAGCAGACAUGGAUUAAAUUUGUGCAUUACUGAUGUGUAAGAUUGGAGUAAUAAAUAUUGGUAUUUAUUGAAAGCCACAAUACUAAA